CUCAAGGUGUGUGCGAUAUAGUCGGAGACAACAGCGCUACGUAUGACGUGCUAUAUAGGCCCACAUAGAAAGAGCACUAACGUUAGCAGUUCCAGUGCUCCGGGAUCGCUGUUUAGAACCUAGAAAAUUUCCCAAAGUACUUUAUGUAGGCUUCGCGAUAGCUUCAAAACUCACCCUUAGUGCGCACCUGCGCCCCUUUUCACUUCUUCAUCGCAGGACGUAUUUCCGGCACCAACCAAAUCUGCGGUUCGUUUUACCAAACCGAAGAGUCGCAUAAAAUACCAUGGCCUUCCCACAAGCCGCCUCGAUGCCCCUGCGCACCCUGCGCAAGCAGCUCUCGUCUGCGCGCGCUGCAUCUGCAUCCUACUCGACAGCGACCUCUUCUUCCCGCACCGUCCCGCUCGCGUUCGACCACCACGUGCCGCCGGCGGGCAAGGAGACGCACUCGCCGACCUCGUCGCCGAUCCUCUUCAUGCACGGGCUGUUCGGGAGCCGCAAGAACAACCGGUCCGUCUCCAAGGUCCUGGCGCAGCACCUGGGCCGCCACGUCUACACGCUGGACCUGCGCAACCACGGCGAGUCGCCCCACGACCCCGCCCACAACUACGCCGCCAUGUCCGACGACGUCGCCGAGUUCAUCGCCGCCCGCGGCCUCCAGGACCCCACCCUCAUCGGCCACAGCAUGGGCGCCAAGGUCGCCAUGGUGCUCGCCCUCUCCCAGCCCGACCUCAUCCGCGACAUCGUGCCCGUGGACAACGCGCCGCUGGACGCCGCGCUCGGCAGCGACUUUGGCAAGUACGUACAGGCCAUGAAGCGGAUCGAGGAGGCCGGGUGCACCAAGCAGAGCGAGGCCGACCGCAUCCUCGCCGAGUACGAGAAGGAGCUGCCCAUCCGGCAGUUCCUGCUGGGCAACCUGCACCGGCCGCAGGGGGAGGCGAGGCAGAAGUUCCGCGUCCCGCUCGGCAUCAUCUCCCGCGAGCUCGACAACAUGGGCGACUUCCCCUUCCGGGACCCGGACAAGGUCCGCUUCGAGAAGCCCGCCCUCUUCGUCAGGGGCACCAGGAGCAAGUACAUCCCCGACGAGGCCAUACCGCUCAUCGGGAGGUUCUUCCCCAGGUUUCAGAUGGCGGACAUCGAUGCUGGACAUUGGGUCAUAUCGGAGAAGCCCGAGCCGUUCUUGAAAGCUGUCAUCGAGUUCUUGGGACCAAAGGAAUAGAGAGAGGUUGUAUAGAGGUACGGAUAUAGCAUUUUGCAUAAGAGAUACCCAACCAUAGACAUAGAAGGAUAGACGCUCGCGCGAGCAUCGGGGGCACAUCAUAGGCGAGAUACAUCAAAAUAUACAUAUGCCGACCACCCUCACCCACGAAGCCUCCAUCUUGUAGCACCUGCCUCUGGGUGCCGGUUCAGUUCUGCCGACUAGCAAGGGCAUGCCGAAGAGUAGUCCGAUGCCAUAUUGCCAAUGUUCAAGGUGCCAUUGUUGGCGU